AUGUAUGAUACUCAGACCGUUAACACAAUUCAUGGAUGUAUGUUACUCAGACCGUUAACACAAUUCAUGGAUGUGUGUUACUCAGACCGUUAUCGCAAUUCAUGGAUGUAUAAUGCUGAGAGCGUUAAUUACAAUUCAUGGAUGUAUGAUUCUCAGACCGUUAAUACAAUUCAUGGAUGUAUGAUACUCAGACCGUUAACACAAUUCAUGGAUGUGUGUUACUCAGACCGUUAUCGCAAUUCAUGGAUGUAUAAUGCUGAGAGCGUUAAUUACAAUUCAUGGAUGUAUGAUUUUCAGACCGUUAAUACAAUUCAUGGAUGUAUGAUACUCAGACCGUUAACACAAUUCAUGGAUGUGUGUUACUCAGACCGUUAUCGCAAUUCAUGGAUGUAUAAUGCUGAGAGCGUUAAUCACAAUUCAUGGAUGUAUGAUACUCAGACCGUUAUCACAAUUCAUGGAUGUAUAAUGCUGAGAGCGUUAAUUACAAUUCAUGGAUGUAUGAUUUUCAGACCGUUAAUACAAUUCAUGGAUGUAUGA